AAUAACUCAAAUUGAUAUUUUGUUCUUGUAAUACUUCAAUCAAACCAGAAGGUGGCGGUAAAGUCUGAAACUAUACGACAUUUAAAACCGUAGAAGAAGAAGGCCGGAAGUAGCUUGACCAUGCAAAAUAUGUCAGAAUGAGUGCUCAACUAAAAGAUGUCAUCAUUAAACCUGACGCUCCCAGCUGGCUGCUGCUGGACAAACAUGCAGAUUACAUCGCUGCCUACGGGUCCAAGAAGGACGACUAUGAGUACACACUGUCAGAGUACCUGAGGAUGAGCGGUAUCUACUGGGGGCUGACGGUGAUGGAUCUGAUGGGUCAGCUGCCCAGGAUGAGCCGUCAGGAGAUCAUAGACUUCAUCAAAGCCUGCCAACACGAGUGUGGAGGCGUCAGCGCCAGUAUUGGACAUGACCCACACCUGCUGUACACCCUCAGCGCCAUCCAGAUCUUGUGCUUGUAUGACAGCCUGGAUGCGAUCGAUGUUGACAAAGUGGUGGAAUAUGUGAAAGGGCUUCAGCAGGAGGAUGGCUCUUUUGCAGGGGACAAAUGGGGAGAAAUAGACACACGCUUUUCUUUCUGUGCGGUUGCUACGCUAGCGUUACUGGGGAAAAUGGACUCGAUAAACGUAGACAAGGCGGUUGAGUUCGUCCUGUCCUGUAUGAAUUUUGAUGGAGGUUUUGGCUGCAGACCUGGUUCAGAGUCUCACGCUGGUCAGAUUUACUGCUGCACUGGUUUCCUGUCGCUCACUGGCCAGCUGCACCAGCUGAACGCCGACCUGUUGGGCUGGUGGCUCUGUGAGAGGCAGCUGCCAUCUGGAGGCCUCAACGGGAGACCAGAGAAGCUCCCAGAUGUUUGCUACUCGUGGUGGGUUCUGGCAUCGCUGAAGAUCAUCGGCCGGAUCCACUGGAUCGACAAAGCCAAGCUGCGGCGGUUUAUUCUGGCCUGUCAGGACGAGGAGACGGGAGGUUUUGCAGACCGACCAGGAGACGUGGUGGAUCCUUUCCACACUCUGUUCGGGAUCGCCGGUCUCUCUCUCCUCGGCGACGAGCAGAUCAAGGCAGUAAAUCCGGUUCUGUGCAUGCCGGAGGACGUCCUGCAGAGGGUCCACCUGCAGCCCGACCUCCUCAGCUAGCCCAUCAUCAUCCUCACAAACACCGCUACCCUCACAUAAACUCCCCUCAGCUGGAAGCAGGAAGUGGAUCCGGACUCAUCUCUGUUUCACUCUUCGGCCUUAAUCCUUCCUCUGCUCACGUUUCUAUCCAGCGUAUCGUGUUUCAGCUGUUGAAGUUUAAACAUAAUUUAAAAACACAUUCCUUACACUUAAAUGCAUCACUUCCAUCAGCUGCAGCUAAGAAUUAAUAUUAUUGUUUAUGUGGAACUUUGGAUUCAGCCGGGAGGAAAAAGUGUUUUUGGCACCUUAAACUCUUAGCAGUUACGUAGCUGCUUUUUAAUCAUAAAAGGCGUUUUUAUGAGCAGCAAGAGCGAUGUGGAGGACACUAACGGUGUUUGCAGCAGACAGGCUUUCUGGGAAACCUAACUAAACAAUAUUCUACGUUUACAGCUUUAUUCACUAUUUAUUAAACCUAUUCACAGCUCUCUAAGGAUUCUGGGAAAUUUCUGUUAAACAUUUGAGUCGUAAAUUCUUCACUUUUAUUGUCUUAUUGUCAAACGUUUGUUUUGUUGUUGUGAACUGAUCCGUGUCCGUUGGUACAGAGUAAAUAAAUCACACCAGUGUUCAAA